AUUUAGAUGGAGAACAGUUUGUAUUGCGUAUAAUUGCACAAGAUAAUAAUAGUGUUGGACCUGAAUUUAUAUCUGAGGCAGAACUAAAUCCUCAAAUACAUUUCAAUAUUUCUGCUGCAAUUAAUAUUACUUAUAAAAAACUUUUUAAAAAUGAAACAAGAUAUUCUGGGUUAAAUAUUUUCAGUUUGGAGAAAGAUGAAAUUAUAGAACAAUUAUUAUUUGAAGUUUCAUUUCAACCAUUUCAAAUAAAGCAAGAUAAUAUCUCAAUUUUUAUUGCCUAUAUAGGAAUCUCAGAUGAUGAAACUCUCUAUUUUGCUAGAUCUGGAUAUAUCUCUAGUUUUAAUCAUAAAGUUCGUAGAGAUCAGUGUUUAGUAGUUCAAACUAUCAAUGAGCGUAAUAUUAGCAUUCAUGUAUAUCAACAUGGAGUCAAAAGAGAAGAACAUUUUGGCAUGUCACCUAAAGAAAUCUGGAAGAAUAUGACUAUAUGUAAGGAAAAGGAUCCAAUAAAAUUAUUUGGUUUGACAAAUUCAGUUGUACAGCAUGUAAUAAAACAACAAAUGGAAACUUCUCUAUGCAACUUUAAACAAUAG